AUGCAAACUGGAAAUACCAUCUUCCUAGCUCUUGGCGCCUCUACGCAAACUACCACUCGUCCAUUCGGCUGGGUCAAAUCCAUAAUUUCGAUAUUCUUUUUCCUCUGCGGUUGUCUCUUCUUCGCACAAACUCGACAUUUCGGUGCUGGAAAAAGUCGCGGAAUAUUGGCUAUUUCUUUCCUAUUCCAAGGAAUUUGCAUCAUAAUAGCUGCUCUGUUGGUACAAACGAAUGUGGUCCCAGAACCAAUCGCCUUCCUUGGUCUUGAAGAUAAAGUCAAUUUCGUCGAAUUGAUACCACUCGCAUUCCUGGCUUUUCAGUCUGGUGGUCAAAUUGUUACAUCAAGAAUUCUUGGUUUCAAUGAAGUACCUACAACGGUUUUGACAAGUGUCUAUUGUGACCUUGCCUCGGAUCCAAAAUUACUUGCUUGGGACAACAUCAAGAGGAAUAGAAGAGCAUGCGCUGUUCUUGCUAUUCUUUCUGGUGGUAUUAUAGGUGGUUGGAUAAGUCAAACUUCUGCUGGUUUACCCGCUGCCCUUUGGCUCGCUGCUGCUAUAAAAUUUGUGAUAUCUUUUAGUUGGGCAGUAUGGAAACCAAAGACAGUCGCUUUGGAAUGA